UGUAAGAGAAAGUGCCCAUGUGGCAAAAUGUCUAAACCCGCCAUUGUUGUGCUUUUGUAUAUAUCCCCGGAGCCAGGCUCGUGGUGGGGGUUUGGAACAACUACAACUGUGGAAAAUGUCUCAGAGCUCAGGAAAGAUCGUGCUGUACGAGGGCAAGAACUUCACGGGCCGCAAACUGGAGGUUUUAAGCAGCUGCGACAACUUCCAAGAACGUGGUCUGGUCAACCGCGUCAACUCUGUGAGAGUGGAGAGCGGCGCCUUUGUGUGUUUCGACCACCCAGACUUCAAGGGACAGCAGUAUAUCCUGGAGCGAGGCGAGUACCCGGAAUUCCAGCGAUGGAGUGCCCUUAACGACCACAUGGGUUCCUGCCGGCCAAUCAGGAUGCAUGGUGAGCACUACAGAUUGGAGGUGUUUGAGGGAGACAGCUUCAGCGGCCAGCACGUGGAGCUCAGUGAAGACUGUCCCCUGUUGCAAGCCAGAGGCCUGACUAAGAGCUGCAUCAAGUCCCUCAAAGUAUUCGGAGAUGGAGCCUGGGUGCUGUACGAGGAGCCAAACUAUCGCGGUCGCAUGUACGUGGUGGAGCGAGGAAGCUACGGCAGCCACACUGAAUGGCAAGCGGACAACCCCAAGAUCCAGUCUGCUCGCAGGGUCGCCAACUACUUCUAGGUGGUGCUCAGAAGCUGUACACCGAUGUUGGGCUGGAAAGCAGAAAAGGCUGACGGAACAAACGACACACUUGCCGCUUCAUUUUUGUACUGCCUUAUUCAAAUGCCACAAAUAAAGCACAUUUACCACAUUA